AUGGAAUCUGAAGUGGACCAAGAAACUAAGCUCAGCGCUGUUGACUUAGGUAAGGAGUUUGAUGAAAUCCUACCUCCUUUAGAAGACGAAAAGGAAACACAGACAUUGUGCCAAGAUAGGUUUACAUGGCAUAUAGAACGAUGGAGUGAUUUAAAAGAGGAGAAGCACUACUCUCCACGGUAUAGGAUCGGAGAUUUCGAAUGGGACCUUCUUGUAUUUCCUUUUGGUAACAAUACAAAAGGCAUUGCUAUGUAUUUAGCUCCGCAUCUAAUAGUGGAAGAAGGUAAAGAAGUGGAUCCGGAUUGGUAUGUAUGCGCUCAAUUUGCUAUCGUUUUAUCUAAACCGGGGGAAGAUCAGACGACCCAGUUGAUUAGUCGGUCGCAUCAUAGGUUUAAUGAGGUUGACAAGGAUUGGGGGUUUUCGAACCUAAUUGAGGUUGAGUAUCUUAAGUAUCCUUAUAGAAAUCGGGCGGCUUCUGGCUUUUUGAAUCACGAUAGAUUAAAUGUGAGUGUUUAUGUCAGGAUUUUGAAGGAUCCUACUGGAGUGUUGUGGCAUAAUUUUGCAAAUUACGAUUCAAAGAAGGUUACUGGUUAUGUUGGGUUGAAGAACCAGGGUGCAACGUGCUAUUUGAACUCAUUGCUCCAGUCAUAUUAUUUUACCAAAUACUUUAGAAAGCUGGUAUACCAAAUUCCCACUGGAGGCGAGAAUCCUUCUAACAGUGUACCACUUGCAUUGCAGAGAGCCUUUUUGCAAUUACAAAGGUCUAAUGAGCCGCUUGAUACGAUUGAACUUACGAGAUCGUUUGGAUGGGAUACAGGUGACGCAUUUACCCAGCAUGAUAUACAAGAGCUUAACCGUAUUUUGAUGGAUCGUUUAGAGAAUAACAUGAAGGGAACUGAGGUUGAAGGCAAGUUGAAUGAGAUAUUUGUAGGUAAAAUGAAGAGUUACAUUAAGUGUUGUAAUGUUGAUUACGAAUCUUCCAGGGUAGAAGAUUUUUGGGACAUCCAACUGAAUGUUAAAGGUUUAAAAGGGUUAGAACAGUCUUUUGAAAAUUAUAUAGAAGUUGAGAUGAUGGAUGGUGAAAAUCAAUAUGCUGCUCAGGACCAUGGUCUACAAGAUGCGAAGAAAGGUGUUGUUUUUCAAUCAUUCCCGCCUGUUUUACACUUACAGCUAAAAAGAUUUGAAUACGAUUUCAAUUACGAUCAAUUGAUAAAGAUCAACGAUCGCUAUGAAUUCCCGGAAAGGAUUGAUCUCUCGCCUUAUCUUGAUCCAGAAGUCCGGAAGAUGCAACCUGGUAAUUUAAACUAUAACCUUCAUGGAGUAUUAGUCCAUACUGGUGACAUCUCCACCGGUCAUUACUAUGCGAUGAUCAAACCUGGUAUGGAAGAUAAAUGGUACCGCUUUGAUGAUGACAAGGUUUGGCAAGUGACUAAGAAACAAGUUUUUGAGCAGAAUUUUGGCUUCUAUAGAUUACCGGAUGUUGAAUUGCGAUCUUUGACAAAAGAGCAGUAUCAGAAUUAUCUGAUUGCUCGCCAGACAAGCGCCUACAUGUUAGUUUACAUUCGUGAUGAUAUGGAGCCGACUAUUCUACAGGAAGUUGAAGACAGUGAUAUUCCACAACAUUUGGUAGAGACUAUUGAAAUAGAACUACAAGAACGCGAAAGGCUUCAAAAAGAAAAGGAGGAAAUGCAUUUAUAUGCGAAAGUUUACCUCCAUUCAAUGAGUAAUUUUAUCCACUACCAGGGUUAUGAUCUUUCACCAAAUGAUCGCUCUAAGCUAUAUGCGCCUGAAUUGCAUGAUGAUCGUGAAUAUGGGCUGAGUAAGAAGCUCCCCAAGUCAACCAAAAUGAAGGAUAUCUAUGAAUUAUUCAACGAAUCCUUAGGCAUCAAAAGGAAUGACUUGGUAAGAUACUGGACUAUUAAUUACCGGGCAAAUUCUAGCUUGAGGCUCGAUGUUCCAAUACUUCCUAGUUACGAUGAUAUGACAUUAGAGUGCUUAAUGAAUUCCCAAGGAAGAAAUACAGCGAUAGAUCUUUUUGUUGAAGAAUCUUAUUACGAUUUAGGUUAUAUUAGUACUAUCUUUGACGACUUAACUCAGAAACACGACUUCGCGGAACUGCUGAAGCAGAUUAAAGAAAAGAUCAAUAAAAAUUUGUUACCAUCUUCAGAAAAAUAUAUUAGAGAAAAGGAACCAACCGGUGUUUUGUUGUUUGUAAAGUCUUUUGACAUUAGCAAACAGCGGUUAACUGGAUUUGGCCACAUAUUAUUGUCUCAAUUUGCAAAAUUGACUGAGCUCGAGACAAUCCUAUCGAAAAUUCUUGAUGUUAAGGAUCUAAUUGAAUUUGUAGAAGAAUACGGCCCGGACGGUGUUGAAAGUGUUGAAAACGAAACCGAGUUAGUACGUACUGAACUAAUGGAUGGUGAUAUUGUUACGUUUUGCCUUGACCCGAAUGCAACCCCUCCAUCAAAAUACCCAUGCUAUACAUCUAUUCUGGGAUUCUACGACUAUCUUCGCAAUAGAGUAAAAUUGAAAUUCACUAAGGCGAAGUUAUCUGAAGAAGAAUAUCAGGUGGUGGAUAAUAACACAUCUGGAGAAUUUGAAUUUUGGAUAUCUGUCAAAUGUUCUAAUGAAGAACUAGCUAAAGUUGUUGCUCAGUUUGUAGGCGUGGAGCCAGAAUAUCUCAGGCUUUAUGCCGUGUACUCCAACGGCAGAUUUGCAAUGCAGUCUACCAGCCAUCUCACCGAUUAUUUGGUCAAAAGAUACAGCCGAAAUUCGAUACCUUUAUUUGAAUAUGAAGUCCUCUCAAUCCCUCUUGUGGAACUAGAGCAUUUACGUUCUGUAAAAUUCUACUGGUUGGACAACAGUUACGUGCAUUAUCAUUCGUAUGAGUUUAGAAUUGCCAACUCUAGCACAGUAAAAGAGUUUUUGGACAAAGUUCAAACAAGAGUUGGGUUUACUGAAGAACAGAAAAAAGAUAUCUUGUUGUGGACAAAUUGCGAAAAUCGAUUCCAGGGGAUACUGUCGCUAGAUGCGAAAAUAGAGUCAAUUGAUGAGAGAUUUCUGAUUUUUGCCCGCUAUUUACCAGAUGAAGUAGCUGCGGUUAAAACAAUAGAACAGAAUUCCCCAGCAGAAUCUCUUGAGGAAUCAGAUGAAGCUAGCACAGGAAUUAGUCGAGUGUCCAGUACUCGUGAGACUAUUGUUAUAGUUCAGCAGUUUUUUAAAGAGUGGGAAAAUAAACAUGGGAUAUCAUUUUUGUUCACCAUAUUUCCCGGUGAAACAUUCUUAGAGACUAAGAGAAGGCUACAUGAAAAGUUCGGAUUAGGCCAGAAAGAAUUCUCCAAAAUUAAGUUAGGCAUACUAUAUGAUACGAAGAAAGGUGCAAUUUUCAAAUCACUUACUGAAAAUAAUGGUAAAGACUUAAGUCAACUUGUCUUAUACGAGUUGCUAAAUAAUUUGGACUACAUUACCAUGGAUCAUCCAGAUAGAUCAAGAAACCAAACUUAUCACGAUAGACCGAUGAUGAUUAAGAAUUAA